AUGGCCGAAUGUACGGCUGGUGCGGUACAAGAGGCGCCAACUCCUCCUGAUCUAGACGAGGUAGUUGGAGAGGGCAAAGCUGACAGUGAGGCGGACGGGGUUAUAGCGGGUCAGUCUGCAACUUCGAUGGAUGAAAGUCAGGUCUUUGAAGACUACUGCCUUGACGACUUCCUGCCAAUUCACCUUCAUCUCGUACAGAGAAGUUAG